AUGGCGUACCAGACCCCCAAUCAUGAAUCAGGUUCCGAUUCCAAUAACCAAAAACGACUCUACAAUCCCUACAAAGACCUCGAAGUACCUAUUCGAAACCUCUACCAGCUCCCAACCUCACCCGAGCACCUUUUCGUUGAGGAGGCUGCUCGAAAACACCGCUCCUGGGGAGAAACCCUAACCUUCCUCACUGGCUGCGGCUACCUCGGCGGUUCCGUUGCCGGCGCCGGUGUAGGCCUCGUCGAAGGCGUCAAAUCAUUCGAGUCAGGAGAUACCAUGAAGCUCAGAGUCAAUCGUAUUCUCAACUCGUCGGGUCACACGGGUCGGACGUGGGGGAACCGGCUCGGAGUGAUCGGGUUGCUUUACGCAGGCAUUGAGAGCGGGAUCACGGCUGCGAGAGAUACCGACGAUGUCUUGAACAGCAUAGCGGCGGGACUUGGCACUGGCGUGUUGUAUCGAGCUGCGAGAGGGGUUAGAUCAGCUGCUGUGGCAGGUGCUGUUGGUGGAGUUGUGGUCGGAGUCGCUGUCACUGCGAAGCAGGCGUUGAAACGAUACGUGCCGAUUUGA